GGUCUUCAGGGGCCUUCCGUACGGCUAUAGGUCACAUGACCCGACUUGCUUCUGCUUAUGCGUUUGCGCUGAAUAACUCAUCCUGCGAUCUGCUUGAGGGUUUGAUAUUAUCUUGCAUGAAUAAAGUAGACUGAGUAUACAUAAUAAGGUUUUUGGAUUGUCUUUAUCUCAUUUGUUUAAUACGAAGCCGCGUUCUUGGCGACUUUCGAUCGCUUCUACGUGCCAGCUUGCUACACAGCUAGCUAAGUUAGCCCGCAACAUCAUCAUUGUAAACAUGAACAUAGACAACGUGAAUCAGUCUAUAACAACUACAGGACCAUCGACGACAUCUUCAACCUCAAGCAAUUGCAUCACGAAUGACACUGUAUCAACCAGCGUCAGCGGCGUUCCUCCAGUUAUGAGCAAUGCAUCCACAUCAGCGGCCACGGUGACACCAGCGGCAGACGCGUCUGUUUCCAAUGGCGUGUACGUUCCUGGUGGCAUCGCCAAUGGAGACGUGAAGCCUGCUGUCUCCACAACACCAUUGGCAGAUUUCCUCAUGCAACUUGAAGACUAUACCCCAACAAUUCCUGAUGCAGUUACAGGAUACUACCUCAACAGAGCUGGCUUUGAGGCAUCUGAUCCAAGAAUAAUACGUCUGAUCUCCCUUGCCUCCCAGAAGUUCAUCUCAGACAUUGCCAAUGAUGCUCUGCAGUAUUGUAAAAUGAAAGGAACUGCUUCAGGAAGUUCAAGAAGUAAGACAAAGGACAAAAAGUAUACUCUGACAAUGGAAGACCUGUCUCCUGCCCUCUCGGAAUAUGGGGUCAAUGUCAAGAAACCAUAUUAUUUCACAUAGAAACUUUACAAAUAGAUAUUUGCUUUUGCUAGAUUAAUACCCCUGCCAAUUCACUAGCCUGUUGAUAACAAUAAAAUCCUUAUUGUUAUUUUUUACUAUGGAGCUUUAGUCCAGUGUUGAUAAGUCUUGGUUUUCUUAUUGCCCUUUUUGUUUUUAGGAAACUACAUUAUACUUUGUGUGAAAUUGUAACAAUACAUUUUUGUGAAAAUAAAACUCUUAAGCUGUUAAA